CUCAACUCAGCACACACACACUCACCAUCCCACUACCUCCAAUGGCUAACAUGCGCACACCUCUUCUAUUGCUAAAAUGAGCACGGUGCGUUAUUCACCCGCUUACUUUGCUCGAUUUCUUCUUCUUCUCUCUUCACCCUUUAAAAAAAGGAACGUCUUUUAGCUUACCUCUCUCCCUCCGACCUUUACUCUCUCUCUCUCUCUCUCUCUCUCUCUCUCUCUCUCUCUCUCUCUCUCUCUCUCGGCUGAGAUUGUAAGUUUUUAACUUUGUCUGAGUGAUGCAGAGUAUGCUGAGAUCAGUUCUUGAAGUUAAUCAAUGUCUUCUGACAUAAGCUAAACUCUCUCCUUCUUUACAAUCUUCCUCUUCUCUCUCUCUCUCUGCUUCCUAUUGCUACUGUCUUCUUCUUCUUUAGCUUUGAAUUUUCAAUCUUGAUUGCUCUUAUGGCGAGUAGUAGUUGCAGCAGAUCUAUCUCCGUUUCCAACUGUUUGAAAUUCUGAUUCUUUCUUUUGGUGCGUUGUCUCUGAGCUAGGGUUUAAAUUAGUUUCCUAUUGGGUUUGUGUUUUUUGGUUAAUCCGAUUCAAAAGUUUUAAUCUUUGGGGGGAAAGGGAUGGGUAAGAGGCAAAUUUCACAAGAUGAAGUAGGACCACCGAUAAAACCAAGAGCUGGUUUGCGAAGGGAACAAGCUGGAAGAGGUUCAUACAGAGGUAGUUAGUUUCCUUUGUAUGUCAUCGAAAGGGGAACAAAAAAAAAGGUUCUUUUUUAAAUUUGGUUCUUUUUUAGAGGGUGGGUGAGGAGAUAGAUAGUGUAAAAAACUGAUUUUUCUUUUCUUCAUUCAGACACAUACAUAGAAUCAAAAGAACUCUCUGUCUCUGUCUUGAUUUGUCGUUUUUGAUUCGGAUACCAUUAGAGGGUGGGGGUUUUGAGUUUUGCGUUUUAAAAUGGGUUCUAGUUCUCAAGAGAUACUGAGGAGCUUUUGCUCUAACACGGACUGGAACUAUGCUGUGUUCUGGAAACUUAAUCAUCGAGGAUCUCGAAUGGUACUUACCUUGGAGGAUGCUUACUACGACAGUCAUGGGAUAAAUAACUCACUGGAAGUUAAGGAUUCCAGCGUUAUACCAAAAAACAUGCAUGGAGUACAUGACCCCCUUGGGUUAGCUGUGGCAAAGAUGUCUUAUCAUGUCUAUUCUCUCGGGGAAGGGAUUGUAGGACAAGUUGCAGUUUCUGGUGAACAUCAAUGGUUAUUUCCCGAAUAUUAUGAUAACUGUCUCUCAGAAUUUGAGUUUCAUAACGUUUGGGAGAGUCAAAUUUCUGCUGGAAUUAAGACCAUUCUUGUAGUAGCUGUUGGUCCCUGUGGAGUUGUGCAGCUAGGCUCUUUGCGUAAAGUUAAUGAAGAUGUGAAUUUGGUGAAUCAUAUCCGACAAAUAUUUCUGGCCCUUGGGGAUCCAUUGGCAGAUCAUGCAGCAAAUUUAAUGCAAUGUAAUAUGAACAAUUCGUUAUGUCUGCCAAAAAUACCUUCUGAAAGUUUACAUGCCAAGGCUUUCCCUGAUUGCUCUGGAGAAGUUGACAAAGCUAUGGAUGUGGACGAGUCAAAUAUUCUAACUCAAUACAAAACUAGAAGACUUGAUAGCUUGCCUUACGAUACUCCUUUGUCAAGUCUUCUCUUGGAAAAUGCAGCUCAAGUUGUUGGUGGUCGUGAAGUUGUGCAAGGAUCUACAUGUGGGAGCUAUAGCGGUGUCACAUUUGGCUUUCCAACUGACUUGGUUGAUACUAAACAUGAGAAUCAAAUAGGUACAAAUAUAAUCAGUGAUGCACCUCAUGUGGGAAUGACUAGUGGCUGCAAAGAUCGAAGAGGAUUAGAUCCUAAUUUACAACUGUAUAUGAAGAACCAUGUGCUUAAAAAUACAAGUUCAUCAGCUUUAUCAAUUGAGGCCGAAAGAAUGAUUACAGGCCAAUCAUAUCCAGGCCUGGACUCAACUAUUCAUGCUUCAUCGAGAACAGAGAAAGAAAGUUCUUACCAGAAUGAAGUGUUCCAACUAUCUGAGAACCACGGAAACAAAUACCUAAAAGAGACUGAGCGUAUGCUGGGGAAGAAAUGCGAGUCUAGUCGAUUUGAUGCUUUGAUCUCACCUGGGUAUACCUUUGCUGGCAGCGAGCUGCUCGAGGCGUUAGGCUCUUCUUUCAAGCAAACAAGCACUGGUCAAGAGGAGCUACUGAAGUCUGAACAUCGUUCAAUAAUAAGACCAACCGAUGAUAUGAGUCAUAGCCAGCUCACAUUUGACUCUGGCCCUGAGAAUCUUCUAGAUGCUGUGGUUGCUAAUGUGUGUCAAAGCGAUGGAAAUGCCAGGGAUGAUAUGUUGUCGAGCCGAUCUGGUCAAUCAUUGCUUACCAACAUGGAAGUGGCAGAACCCUCGGGUCAAAAGAAGCAUAAUGUUGUUAAUCCAGUUGAUAGUACUAUGAAUCACCUGCCAUUAGUAGAAGUGGAUACCCAACAAAAUUCAUCAGAUAUAUGUGGAGCAUUCUCUUCGAUUGGAUUCUCAUCUACGUAUCCCAGCUCCUCUAGUGAUCAGUUUCAGACAUCUCUGGACAUUCCCAAGAAGAACAAAAAGAGGGCUAAACCUGGUGAAAGUUCUCGACCUCGCCCAAGAGACAGACAACUCAUUCAGGAUCGAAUUAAGGAACUUAGAGAACUUGUACCUAAUGGAUCUAAGUGCAGCAUUGAUUCCUUGCUAGAACGCACGAUCAAGCACAUGCUCUUUUUGCAGAAUGUUACAAAGCAUGCUGACAAGCUCAGUAAAAGUGCUAAGACAAAGAUGCAACAAAAGGAAACUGGUAUGCAAGGUUCAAGCUGCGCAGUGGAGGUUGGAGGCCAUCUUCAAGUAUGCUCGAUUAUCGUGGAGAAUCUGAACAAGCAGGGAAUGGUACUUAUCGAGAUGUUAUGUGAAGAAUGUAGCCAUUUUCUUGAGAUUGCAAACGUCAUUAGGAGCUUAGACCUCGUCAUCCUAAGAGGCAUCACUGAGACUCAGGGCGAGAAAACAUGGAUUUGCUUUGUAACUGAGGUAGGAAUCGAAAUUACCCAAUUCAUGAAGGAGAUUCCAAAGAAAAUCAAAAGCCAAAACAGCAAAGUAAUGCAGAGGAUGGACAUUUUGUGGUCGCUGGUGCAAAUAUUUCAACCAAAGACCAAUAAUGCCAAGCAGUAGCAGGCGUGGUUGCAGAGUUUGCCUUUAGAUUGAGAUAAAGAAUAGGGCUUGUGUGGUGGGGUUGUACAGUGUUGCUGUGACACAUACUGCAAUACUUCAUUUUGUUUGUUUUGGUUUUAUGUAUAAAAAAAAUAGGUUCUACAAGUUUGAGUUUUUAGUGUGUUUAUGAUUUGCAUUUUGUUUUCUUUCGAGUGUUUUGGACAAUUUGAAUAUAAUAAACAUUUACCUGAAAGUUGAUUUUCUUGAA